UGGGCGGAGUUUCAUACCGAACCAGACGCUCCUUUUGUCGGAUCCGUUUCGACUUGACUCCCCGGGGUUUACGGCUAAAAAAAUCGACACUUUCUACACUUAAUAAACACUAAAGUCGAACUGCAUAUCGAUUGCGAAGAGGAUCCGGCGUUAAGUGUUCCAAAAAAGGUUUGCGGGUUUGUGUUGCUGGAGGUCGGGUCAGAGCCACCUUGACUGUGUAGUCAUGAAUGGCAGCAGCAGCGUGGCUGGUACCCAGACUGGGCGAAUCAAACUCGAACCAGACUGCGACGUGUGGAGUAAGGAGGACUGUCUGACACUGCUCGAGAGGAUCAGGAGCCUGUUGCCUGAUGGAGACAGUUUGAAGUACAAGACCACCGAGUCUCAUUUCGACUGGGACAAAGUGGGCUUUGGAAACUACACAGGGGACAUGUGUAAGCAGAAAUGGCAGAAGGUUUCCACAGAGGUGCGGAAGUACAGGACAAUGACGGAGCUCAUUGUUGAUGCAAUAGAAUAUGUAAAGAACCCGUAUAAAGGAAAGAAACUGAAGACACACCCUGACUUCCCGAAGAAGCCUCUCACACCCUACUUUCGUUUCUUUAUGGAGAAGCGAGCCAAGUAUGCAAAAAUCCACCCAGAGAUGAGCAACCUGGAUCUUACCAAGAUCCUCUCCAAAAAGUACAAAGAGCUCCCUGAAAAGAAAAAGCUCAAAUACAUUCAGGAGUUCCAGAGGGAGAAGGAGUCCUUUGAGAAAAACAUGGCGCGGUUUAAAGAAGACCAUCCUGAGCUGAUCGAAGAACGAAAGAAGUCCGACCUCCCGGAGAAGCCCAAAACCCCUCAGCAGCUGUGGUACAACCAUGAAAAGAAAACCUUCAUGAAGCUUCACCCAGAGGUAAGUCAAAAGGAGCUGAAAGAAGCUUUACGGCGCCAGUGGUCUCAGCUGUCCGACAAAAAGCGACUGAAAUGGAUCAGCAAAGCGCUGGAGCUGCAGAAAAACUACGAGGACAGCAUGAGGGCGUACCACGAAGCACACCCAGACGCGAACUCGGAAGAGCACGUCAAGUCCGUCCUGACCAAAGCCGAGCGGCAGCUCAAGGACAAAUUUGAUGGAAGGCCCACUAAGCCACCACCGAACGGAUAUUCCUUAUACUGUGCCGAGCUGAUGGUAAACAUGAAGGACGUCCCGAGCACAGAGAGGAUGGUGCUGUGCAGCAAGCAGUGGAAAAUGAUGACCCAGAAAGAGAAGGACAUGUUCCAGAAGCGAUGUGAACAGAAAAAGAAGCAGUACGAGAUUGAUCUCCAGAGGUUUCUUGAGACUCUACCAGAAGAGGAAAGGGAUCGAGUACUGACCGAGGAGAAGCUGGGAGGCACCAAGCUGAGCGCUGUGGGGGCAGGCAGCCCUUUUGCGAACAAGUCCCUGUCAAGCAAGGACCGGGGUCGAGACUCUGAGUUGGACCAGUGGGUCCAUGGACUGCCAAAGGAGAAGAGAGACAGCAAGAAGAAGACGCAACUUCCCGAGACGCCUAAAACGGCAGAAGAGAUGUGGCAGCAGAGUGUGAUCGGUGACUACCUGGCCAAAUACAGGAAUGACAGGAAGAAAGCUCAAAGUGCCAUGGAGGCUACUUGGAAGAGCAUGGAGAAGAAAGAGAAGAUCCCCUGGAUCAAGAAGGCGGCCGAGGACCAGAAGCGAUACGAGGUUCAGUACCGGACUGUGAGGGAGUUGGUCGAGAUGAGGACGGUGCCGUCCGGGCAAGGUCAGAGGAAGCCAAAGUUCGACGGCGAGCCUAAGAAACCACCUGUAAGUGGCUAUCAGAUGUUUUCCCAGGAGCUGCUCACAAACGGUGAGCUAAAUCACUUCAGCCUCAAGGAGCGCAUGGUGGAGAUCGGCAAGCGUUGGCACAAGCUCAGCCAGACCCAGAAGGACAAGUACAAGAAGCAAGUGGAGGAGCAGCAACUCGAGUACAAAGCAGAACUGGAUGCCUGGGUGAAGUCCCUGUCUCCUCAGGAGCGAGCCGUUUACAAAGAGUUCUCCUCGACGAAACGGCGGAGCACGUCAAAGGCGCGAAGUCCCGGAGCCAAAGUGCGUGUUACCAAGGGGAAGGCGGUAGGUGCCCGAGCUGCAGCGCUGGGGGCCGGGGGGGGAAAACGUUCCAUGGCGUACCGGGUCAAGCAGGACACCUCAGACUCAGAGGAAGAAGACGAUAAGACGGACUCAACAGACUCGGAGGACGAAGACGACGAGUCGUCUGCUUCCACGGAUAGUGAAGAGGAGGAGGAUGACGAAGACGACGAGAAUGACGAAGACGAGGACGAAGACGACGAAGACCAAUCAGAUGGCUCGAGCAGCUCGACGGAGGACAGCAGCGAUUCGGAUUCAGACUAACGAACCUGCGCUCUCAAAGGGAGGGGGCUGUGCAGGACACACCCCCUAGCAACAUCCCUCCCUGACAAUAGGGGAGGGGCCGAGUAGCUGUGAGCACACAGCGCAAGCUAACGCAUCUGUUUCUCUUCAGUGAGAGACGGAGGACUCGGAAGAGUGACCGCUCUUCUGUCUAUAUAUAAUGUCCAAUUUAUGGGCUUAAAGUCAACUGGACAAUUUCUUAUUAACGAGCUGUUACGUGUGUGUUUAUUGAAGCAAUUUUUAUUGCCUUUAUAUAGGUGUGUUAUUAAAAAUUGUGUUGCUCGUUCCUUUUUUUUAAUUUUAUUUUGUUUUUUGAAACGUUAACAGCGGUCUGAGGUGGGCAGUGGGAGAGAAGGCCUUUUAUAACAGAGGUAAUGGAGACCGGACCCCCGUCACCUGGGUUUGUACACCUCAGCCAGUUCAUCGAAGCUCAGAGAGCUGUAUUAAGCUAGUCUGGUCUUGGUUGUUCGUUCUUUGGACAAAUCCUCCAAAAUAAAUUGCACUUUUUUCUCUUUUA